AUGGAAGAAGAAGAAGAAACGAAAAUCCAACACGGUGGGGUGUACGUACACCCCAUUGAGGCCCCCGCGCUGCUGCGCUUCAAAGUGAAGCUUACCAAAGCGGACCUCGCCCAGCGGCUGUCUCAGGAGAUGCUUUUGCCUGUCUCGGGGCUGUAUGACUUCGAAUUGAUUUUGUCCCAGCGAGAGCCGCUGCAUGCAUAUCGGCAGCUGCUGCUUUCUGCUUCGUUGGUGUUUCCUGUGCCGCUGAAGUUGCUGGACGUGUCAGUUCCUGCUGCUCCUGCUGCUGCUGCUGCUGCUGCUGCUCCUGAGGUGUACAGACACUUCAAAAUUCUCCCCGCAGAAGAACCGCUGCAUGCAAAGCCCCAAAUUAAACAUCUUUUCCAGCCCGAAGAGCCACAAGCCUUGGCUAUGUGUGGUUUUGCCGCUUGA